AUGUAUAAAAUUCUGGCUACCUGCUAUGCGUUGACGACGGUUUUUUUUUUGCCUAAUGAAUCGAAAAAUAUCGAAGGGAAUUUAAACGUGACCCCUGAAGUGGACGAAAACAGAUACAUCUCCUUGGACGAAAACAACAUAAACGACUUCAUCAAUGUUAAGGAAAACAAAUUUCUGUUCAGCGUCACCUGCAGGACGUCCACAUUUUUGAGCGGCGCGAAGAAUUACGUUCUACGUAAGGUAUCUUCCUCGCUGGACGCGCUGGAACCGCUCCGGUCGGAUAACGUGAACCCCGAAAAUGUAAAGGCCCUCGAAGGCGUUGUGCAAAGGACGUGGGACCGAGAAAAUAAGGAGUUCCUAGAAACAACAAGGAAGCUAAUCGAGCAGUACACAGACAGCGACUUGUUCAUACUGCAAAUAGGACUAAACAGCAUCGCAUCAGCAAUCAUCGACAAGCCACAGAAUGUAAUUUAUGUAGAGGAAGAUGUAGAAGUGUGUAAGAAUUAUUUCCUCCACAAAAAUAAUAGGUGUCUAUUACUGUUGAAGGGAGUGGAGUUUUACUGCAACAGAGAGGAUGAUGGGGAUGAGGAUAAGUACAUACACAGCACCCUCGAUUUAAUCACAAAAAUUUACCAAAACAGAAACAACCAAGUGAUCGAUGUUCUCAUCGUAAGUCACAAGUAUCCAGUGGCCCUGCUAUACUAUGUGUACCCCUACAUGGAUUCCUCCACAUUGGUCAUCCUAAUGGAUAACUUAAAUCACCAGAUGAAGGAGGCCAUUUUUGAGUACUACAAUUUUAUAGGCGAGGCUGAUUUUUCAAGAAGUUUCACGAAGCGAUUUUUUAACUCCUACAGGAAAGACGAACAUAAUGAUAGCGCCCCCAAUGAAAAUGCUACCCACAAAUAUGAACUUAACGAAAAUACCUACAUCUAUAGCAAAAUGAAACAGUCUCCAUUUUACGUAAUUACCCUGAAUCCUAAGAUCAUGAUGAACCCAGCACAAAAUCGAUACAAAUCUUUUAUAUCCAAGGAGUAUACCUCCUCUUAUGAGACCGAAAUUACAAGAAUGAUAAAGGACAUUGAAAAAAUAUUAAAGCUCAAUGGUACCUUCUACAAAAAGAACAAAUUGUUAGUUCAAAACUAUUUCUCCGUUAUAAAUGAUUUCGAAUUUGACAAUGAUGAGCAUGUCACGAAAAAUGUCACCGACAUGUUGACUUCCAUCCUGAAAUCCUUUACCAUCACAGGAGAUAUAAAUACAAACAAUUACAACUAUGCCUUGGAGAGUUUGGGAAAUAUAUUCCAAUUAAUGUUAUUCAAUGUUUAUAAUAACUCAAAAUUUAAGUUGUUAUUCACACCCUUAAUAGACUUCUUUAAAUUGUACUUGGAUAAAAAUGACUCAAAUUAUAUAAUGUACGAAUUUCUGCUAUAUGGACUUAUUAAGAAUUCCAGCCAGGUUGCCUCCUACGAAUUGAAAGAACUCCUCUUCCUUGAUGUUUUAAGAGAUGUUUCCAAAAUGGUUAAUACCUUCUCCAUUCGUGAAGUCAUCCGAGUCGUUACCAAGCUGAACAUCUUACUCAAGAAACUCAGGUCCAGGGAGGACAUCACUCACGUUAAGGAAUACAUCAAACGGGAGUUCAAUCUGGAUUACAUUAACAAUGAGUUGUAG